GAUAGAUACAUGUACAUAUAUAUUUGUUUAUUAUUUAAUUUAUUUACCAAAGUACAGAAGACAAAAAUUUUUAUUACGUGAUAAAGUUAUGAUACAAUUUUUUGUUUAUGAUAAUUUGAAUUUACUUUGAAUCAGAUGAUUUAUUAUGGUGAUAAGAAUUUAGAUUUAUCUGAUACGACUGAUUUGGGUAAAGGAGAAUUUUAUUGAGAAUUUAUUGAUAAAAUUUGGUAAGACAUUCAAGAUGAUUAGCACGAGCUCAUCAACGUUCCGCGUAAAUAAUGGAAUCCUAAUUGUUGAUAAUAUAACCAAUGGUAAUGACAGAAGUAAAAUACCAUCAAGUAAUCAGAGUUCAAUAAAUGAAGACUGUGAUGGUUCAAAUCCACUGAAUGUUCAAAUAAUAAAAGUUGAAUCAUUGUGUGAGCAAGAAAACUCUUUUACAGAAACUGAUAGAGAUAAUGGUAAUGUACAGACAUUUAUUCAAACAAACAGAAGUUUAGUUAACGAGGCUGCAGUUGAUGAAAGUUUGAUUACUGCGGAAAUAAAAAUUGAAAAUGAUACUAUUUAUGAAGACUCAUGUUCAUUUGAAAAUUCUAUAAAUAUUCCUGUGGAAAAUGACACUGAUCCUUUAGCGGGAAACUUUAAGCCGAACAGAAAGAAAAUGAAUAGAAUUUCAUACGGAGCCAAAAAUGCUAAAUCCAAUAUUUUGACAGAGCUGAUGCAAAUAGAGAGACAAAAGAAAAGAAAUAGAAAUAAGCACAAGUGUGAAAUUUGUCAAAAAAAGUAUCACUCGAAAGAAUAUUUAGCGAAGCACGUGCUUAUUCAUUCGAGAGAGCAACCACUUAAGUGCAGGAUUUGUGAGUAUCGAACCGCUCAUAAAAGUAUGCUGAAGCAGCAUAUGCGUACCAAUCACAAAGGCAGAAACUCCUUUCCAUGUCCUAUUUGCCCCGUAAGAUUUCUCAAGAAAUUAAGUUUAAAUCAACACAUGAGAGUCCAUUCUGACAAACGUAAAUUCAAGUGCGACGUUUGUCACAAAUUCUACGCAUACAAACAAGGCUUGCAAAAUCACGUUUGUCUCGCUAAUGAACCGGCUCAAUACGAAUGCAAUGUUUGCCAGAAAACUUAUCUGCUGAAGACUAACAUGGAACGUCACAUGCUUUUUCACGCCAAAACAUGCCCGUUUAAUUGCGAAAGCUGUCAGAUAACUUUCAAUACUGCCGAGGCUUUAGAAAGACACAUGCAGGGCUUGCACAAAAGCAAGGAACCGCUCGUGUGUGACAUUUGUCAGGCAGAAUUCACUCGGAAAGUAAAUCUAGCGGUCCACAUUCGCAGUCACUUGAGGACAGAAGAACUUGAUUGCAAAAUUUGCGGGAAAGUUUAUCAGUCGAAGAGAAAUUUAAAAAGACAUGUUGACAGUCACUCAAAAAUUAAAUCCCCCGCACAGAAAAGUGAACAAAAAAAAUUCAAGUGUAACGUUUGUAAGAAAAACUACUCUCAGAAAAAAUUUUUCGAAAAGCACAUGCUCGGUCACAAGGGAGUUACACCUUUCGAGUGCAAAUUUUGUCACUUGAAGUUUGCUAAAAAAAUAUUUUUGCAACAACACGUUUGCACUAUUGGGAAAAAACAAUUCCAGUGUGAUAUUUGUCGUAGAGUAUAUUGUAGCAGUUAUACUUUGAAAAAGCACGUGCUUACUCAUGAGAAAAAAGAUAAUUGAAUUUUUUAUGCGCGCGCU